AUAUUUGCUUACCUAAACUACGAGACUCCGGUCUCACGAAAACGUAUUGCUGAGAUCCUACUAAAUGGCCUAAAACGUCUGGAAUACCGUGGCUAUGAUUCAGCUGGCAUAGCCAUUGACAAAUGCUGUCCAGAUUGUUCUGAGGCCGCGAAGGAUAACUUCGUCCUCACUGUGAAAAGGACGGGCAAAGUAGUUGAACUGGAAAAGGCGAUCAAAGAUUGCUUGGGAAGCCAGCAUGAUGAUCCAAUCCUUACUACGCAUGCUGGAAUCGCGCACACUCGAUGGGCUACGCACGGUGUGCCAAGUGAAGUGAACGCUCAUCCCCUCCUUUCGGACAAAACUGCCGCCUUCUCCGUGGUGCACAACGGCAUCAUCACCAACUACAAGGACUUACGAUCCAUCCUUGUGAGUCUCAUUAACCCAACGCUAUCGGCUCCAUUGAGUGGAGUGCGGUUAAGAAAAGGCUGCAGAUUAGGUUCUUGUACUCUUCCAUGCGAAGUCAUACGUCUUGAGGCGAAUGGUUAG